GCCCGGUUUUCUUUUCUGUGAAAUGGGGAUGAAAAUGAUACCACCUACUUCAUAGAGUUGCUUCAAGGAAGGAUUACGUGUACGUAGCAUUUUGUGUCCUGGCAUACAGUUAGUUGUUGGGAGCUGCUGCCUGUAUUGGGCAUAUAUCACAUACCAUAUAAUGCAGUUGCAAGCUUCAGAUAUACAGUUGACAUUUGAACAACACGGGUUUGAACUGCACGGGCCCACUUAUGCUCAGAUUUUUUUCAAUGGUAAAUACUACAGCACUACACCAUCCCAGGUAGGUUGAAUCCUCAGAUAUGGCGGGCAGACUAUAAGUUAUAUGUGGAUUUUUGACUGCAAGGAGGGUUGGGCCCCUAACCCCCGUGUUGCUUAAGGGCUAACCGUAUGUAUAAAAUAGAUGCUCAUUUGGGACUGCAAACACAUGCACACACGUCGCUCUCUAUCAGGACCACAGUCCUCACCCCACACUGCCACCCACAUGGCCGAGAAACCUGCAUCAGAGUCAGGUUUCUCUGAGACUUGGCUGAGGCCCAGGCCCUGGCUCAGAUGUCAGGGCCCCACGUUACUGAGCCCAGGAGCCUUUGUCUCCUUCUUGCACCUGUCCGCAGCUCCUCAUCUUCCUCCUCUCUCCAGGAGCAGCUGGGGGAGGGGAGGGGGGUGGACGUCCUCCCUGGCUCCCUGCCCCAUGGAGCAGGCAGCCACACCUGGGGGCCUAGGGCUCCCCUGUAGCCCCAAGCAGGCCUUGGCCCUGUACCAGCACCUCUUCUGGUGCCCUGUAGGCCUGGGCCAGCUCUGGGCUGCCCUGCAGCAGGUGAGGGUGACAGGGCACCAUAUACGAGGGGGCAGGCUCUCCGUGGGGUCUGACUCCACCUUGCCUCCCCAUGUGGGAGACGGCCGGACCUGUCCCUCAGGCCUCGAACUGCCCACCGUGCUGCUGCAGAUGGAGCGGAGCCGGCGGGCCCAGGAGCAGCUCCUGUGGGAUUUGGAGCUGCUGACCGGGGUGGGGCUGGGCGUCUCCUGGCCCCCCUGGGCCCAGUUCUGCGGUCUGAGGGACUGGGCCCAGUGUGCGUGGAGCCAGUGCAGCAAGCCCCGUGGUAGGACGGAUGGGGGCUCUGAGCGGCGGACGAGUGGGAAUUCCAGGCUGUGCCCAUCGCCCCAGGCUGAGGACUCCCUGAGCCAGGACCGUCAGCUUCUGGAGGGGGGGCUGGCAAAGGACCCGUCAUCAGCCCUGGAUCUGACUGAAGCCAGCUUUGAUGCAGACCCAAGGUGGGAGAGCCCUGGCAUGCCUGCAGAAGGGCCCACAUCUGGUUGCUCACAAGAGCUGAACCUCACCACCAGCAGUAGCUCUGGAGAACCAGGAAGCUCAGAGUUCAAGGAGCUGGCCCAGAGGGAAGACGGGGAGCUAGCAGGGCCCACGCCCCAGGGGCCCCAUCAACCACCAUCCAGAAGCCUACAGGAGAAGAAGCUGGCUCAGGGAGCCCCAGGGCCCUCAGGCCUCCCCUCCCAGGGCCUGCCAGAACCCCUGGACCCCCUGGAGGGGCUGGGCUGCAGCCUGGGCCAGGAGAGAGCAGAACUAAAGAAACUGCUAAGAAUUGAGAUUCCUCAGAGUCAGAGAGAGGGGGCCCCUCAGCAUCAGAGAGGGAAGGCCCUCCAGGGGGAGGACAAAGAAGUUCCCCCAAGUAAGAGAGAGAAGACAAACGAGGGUCAGAGCGGGGAGGCCCCUCAGGCUCUGAGGGAAGAGGUCUCGGAAGGUCAAAGGUGGGAGGCCUCCCAGGGUGAGAACAAAGAGGCACCUCGAAGUCAAAGCGGAAGUCGCCUUAAGUGCCGGAGAAAGGAGGUCCUCCCGGAGCAGAGCGAGGAUUCUCCUCAGGGCCCGGAAGUGAAGAUGCUUCAGUCUUCCGAGGGCAGAAGCCGUAUCUCACAAGCCUGGGAGGUGGCUCGGGGAGAGGCACCUACACCGCCCCGGGAGGAAGGCGGCUCCCUGGGGAUUCCGGGGGGCUUCUGCAGGCCCCUGGGAGAACGGAUGCCGCAGCCUGGGGGAAGGGAGGGCGCGCACCCGCGGGGAAGAACCACGCAGCUGAGGCAGGUUAAGACCGGUGGCCCGAGAGGAGACAGCGCAGCGGCCGUGAGAGAGCAGGGGCCCGCCCGGGAAGGGGCGCCGGCUCCCCUUACGCCCCCGGGGCCUCCGGCCCGGCCGCCGCUCCCACGCCCAGGAGCGGUGUUGCUGGCGGCCCUACGCACUGGUGGUUCCGAGCAGCGGGAGCGCCCCGCAGCUCUCCCAGGGCAUCCGGGCCUGCUGAGCGAUCCGCACUCGCUUCGGGGCCCGGGAGGAAGCCCUGGCCCCGCGGAGCAGGAGCUGGGCGGCUCCAUGGGGCUCCCGGGCGCCCUCGGGGGGCGGAGGGAAGGUGCCGAGGCCCCCAGAGCCUCGAAGACCGCGUGGCCCGAGUCCCCGAGCAGGGACAGGCGGUCUGCGGGCGUGAGCGCGGCGCAGCAGGAGACGGCUCUGCAGCGGCUGCUGGAGCUGCACAGUGAGGCCAGGCGUCGGCGGCAACAGGACCGCGAGCAGCAGCGGCUCCGGGUCUUGGAACGCCUCCGCAUCGCCAGGAACCGCCACUGCCGCGUGCAUCCCUUGAGACCCCCACCGAGCCCGGCUCAGCUCCCACGACAGGCAAGACCCCUAGGAGAAGGCGGUGGGGCCGCCAAAACCCUGCCUGGGCGGGGGACGGGGCGCGACCUGGGUCCCUUUGACUUGCGCGCACCGCGCACUUGCGAUGACACCUGCGGAGCGGGAGGGGCCGGCCUGCCCGGCUGCUGCCCUCUGCUGGCCGCAUCGAGCCCCGGGGCUGGGAGGCGCGGGCGCUCAGCGCUCGGCGCCGCCCCAGGAGGACGCGGCCGGGCAGCGGAGCGCCCUGCGGGAGCAGCUGAAGCAAAUGCAACGGGAGAGGACCGGGCGGCUGCGAGCCCUCGGGGUCAGAACUUCCAGCAACUUCUGUGGCCCCCUGGCUCUGAGGAGCCUGCGCCUGGAGAGCAUCGCUCACUCUUCCCAGCCCUCUCUGGUCACUGCUGAAUCCUCAAAGGGACGAUUAAAGAGACGGGGAUUUAAGGAAAAAGCAAGAGGGCAACCUGUAGGUCAGAGGUAGUUUCAGAAAGGCCCGGAACGCAGCCUCAGGGCCUGGGGA